GACCAAAGCGAGGUAAUUAAAGGCAUCGUUAAUCCGGACAAAUCUAUUUUUACAACUCUAAUUGAUUCAUUUUUUACAAAUUAACAAUGUCAGGCAGACUUGAGGGGGAGCCGUCUUCAAAUGAUAAGGCUGCCGACAUCGACUCCCUGAAUCUUAAUGGGAAGGACGAAGGUGCCUUGCCAAGCUCUCCGAAACUUUCGGAAGAAGCGCAGCUGAUCGAGGUCGACGAAGCAGCAUGUGAACGCCUCAAGGAGCUUGGCAACGGUUUUUUCAAGCAGGGAAAGAUUGCGGAGGCCCUGGAGGAGUAUCGUAAGGCACUUCUCAGAGCCCCCAUUAAAAAGAUCCCUCGUUCCGAAAAGGAUGCGCGUUUCGGGAGGGAUGACGCCGUACGAUUUCCUCCCGAGGAAGCGAACGUUACGGGUCGAGAACCGCGAUCGGAAACCAUUGGUUCCCCGAACCAUCAUGCGGAAAAGGAAGGUGAUGAAAAUCAAGACCAAAACAACGCGAAUUACAUCCUAACCUCUCAGGUUUUCUGCAACGCGGGGCUGUGUUUGAUGAAGCUCGGGGAGAAAGACGAGGCGAUUGAGAUGCUUUCCGAGGCGAUUCGGCACCAGCCGAGCUACGCGAAGGCCUUUUUACGCCGCGCAGAGGCGUAUUUCGAUCUCGAGAAGUGGCCGAGCGCAUUUGGCGACUACGAAAGCUACGAAAAGCUGGGAGGGGUGCUGCUCGCGGAGGAGCGAGCCCGCAAGGAGGCCGCGAAGGUGAAAGUGGAUGAGGAGGUGGGAAAGACGCUAAGCGCUAUUAAGGAUUUGGGGAAUCGCUUUCUCGGCAAUUUCGGUCUCUCCACCGAUAACUUCAAGUUUGACAAGGAUCCCAAAACGGGAGGGUACUCCAUGCGUUUCGAACGCUGAUUAAAGUGGUGGCUAUAUUAUAUUAUCCUAUACUUCUUAUUGUCUGUUGUGCCCUACACAUAAAGCAAAGCAUUACUCACUCUGUUAGCAAUAAAGCGCAACUUUUUGAAUUAAGUGGUACGCAUUAUUUCCUUUUUGCUUUCUGUUGCUUAUAUAUGGGUAACGUAAUCUUAAUAAUGUUUCCUUAGGUGAACAUAUUAUUCUAUAGCGCUCUAUAAUGAAGUGCAUGCAUGCGUAUCACAACAACAACAAA